AGAGAGAGAGAGAGAGAGAUGGUGCAUUUUGUUCUAGUACAUGGUGUUGGCCAUGGAGGAUGGUGUUGGUACAAGGUUAAGCCACAGCUGGAGAGUGCAGGACAUCGUGUGACAGCGAUCGACCUUGCAGCUUCAGGGGUAAACAUGGCUAAGAUACAUGAGGUCCAUACCUUGUCCGACUACACACAGCCCUUGAUAGAGUUGAUGGACUCACUUCCUACAGGAGAGAAGGUAACCCUGGUGGGACACAGCUUGGGUGGCUACAAUUUGGCUCUUGUCAUGGACAUGUUUCCUCAAAAGAUAUCUGUAGCUGUCUUUCUUACUGCUCACAUGCCCGAUUGUACACAUUCUCCCUCCUAUGUCAUGGAUGAGUUGAUUGAGAGGAUCCCAGCAGAUUUUUGGUUAGAUACUCAACUUUCAUCUGAUCUAGACCCUGAGAAGCCAAAAAAUAUAGUGGUAUUUGGCCCCAAGUGCUUGUUCUCCAACCUCUAUCAACUCUCCUCUUCACAGGAUUUGGCACUAGCAGAGUUGCUGGCAAGGCCUGGAUCCAUGUUCCAUGAAGAUAUACUAAAGGUGAAGCCAUUUUCUAAAGAGGGAUAUGGCUCGGUUAAUCGAGUUUUCAUUGUAUGCAAAAGGGAUUUAACAAUGAAAGAGGAUUUCCAACGUUGGAUGAUUGAGAAUAAUCCAGUCAAAGAUGUGAUGGAGAUAGAAGAUGCUGAUCAUAUGCCUAUGAUGUCGAAGCCCAAUGAACUGUGUUUCUGUCUCUUGGACAUUGCCAACAAAUAUAACUGA